AUGCUGCAGCCCUUCGAGAUUAGAGACCUACACGGGCCCGAGAAACCCUCGGCAUCUCGUCCUGUUCCUCGCCGGGGGUUGGUGCAGAUAUCUGCCGCCGAUUAUGAUGAUCUAGCAGUAAACCAUCCUCGGGCGAGACUCACUUAUGUGGAUGUGGAUGAAGAGGAUGAUGAGGGCGACACCAUCACCGUCGGUUCGUCUCUCGAGCUUUCUCAGCGCCUUGACGAGCCUGUAGAUGCUGGCACCCGGCUUGGAUCCAUUGAUUUAUCUCUGGAUGAACCGGCUCCGAUGCACAUCUUUGACAUUCGUCGAUCAAACUCGGUGACCGAGCUGUGGAAACGAUUCGAGUAUGGGGAGAAGACACCGCAUCUCGAUGACCUGAAAAACAGUGACCCCGGGGCUGCGACGAAGUUUGCGGUUGAUACUAAGGAAGAAGAUGGCCCCGCACCGGCUAAUGUAUCUGCUACUGCCGCUCCCGGAGAUGACUCUCAGCCCCUUCUAGCAGCAUUUGAGGCCGAGUUAGCCGGUAUCUUAGAUGCUGCUGAGCCUUCGGAACACAGAGCACCACGGCCGGAAUCGCCACCAGUGGUCGAACCAUCAAUGAGAACCCCCCACCCCAUUGAGGCUCUUGCUGCCCAGGUCCUGCACCAUCUGGUCAAUGGGGCCAGCUUGGUCCAAUCUGAGUUGAGCUCGAGGCUGCCAGAAUUGCAGCGCCAACUGCACCAUGUCCAACGAUCCGUCCCUGAGAAUGUGGGUAUGUCUCUGCAAACAUUGCUUGCCACUCUCGAGGCUCAUAUAAGAACCGCUCUUCACAAUCUUCCCGAUAAUGGAAGACAAUUUGCGGAAGAGGCGAUAAAUGCAGGAAGGCCCGUUGCUGAGAACGCUGCGGACAAUUUUCGCGUGAUGGCAUCUGAGUUAAACGAAGUAGGCCGAACGUUAUUUGCUGCAUUCGAAAGCGAGUUUGGGCGAUCUGCGUCAAGUGGAUCCGCUACGGCCUCAUCAGGACCUAACACAAGUCCUCCUGGGCCGGCUCCCGAGGUUACGACAAGUAAUAAUGGUCCUGCAGCAUCAGGCAUGGGAGAAGCACCCACUGUGGCCGUGCCGGCAAGGGAGAACGAACCCAAGGCUUCAGAUCAAUUGAAGCUGCCAAAUCCUGAACCCAGCACUCAGCACCCUAUGUCAUCGAGUUCUGAGAAUGCUGGCCAAAGUGCUCAAAGUCAAACACAUCCCAGCAACAACUUGGGUGCUUCGGGUCAUUCUGGAUUCCCUUAUAACUUCCCUUAUCAUCGUCCUCACUAUAUCCAUUCACAUCCAUCUCAGCCUCCCUUUGCAUCUGCAUGCCCACAGCCAAUGCCUCGCUGGGCUCCUCCCCCAUCCUGGACACCAUUCCAGCCCUAUCCACCGCCAUCUUACCCCAAUACUUUCCAAGCUUACCGACCCCCACCUCCGCCUCCACCACCAUCUUUUGAUCCAUCAGCGCUUUUUGGGUGGCCUCAUCUAGCUCCAGGUCGGCGCUUCCAUGCUUCGCGGCAUCCUACGAACCCCAGCUCACGGAAUACCAAUGAAGCCUCUGCAGCACCAACAGCCAAUGCUCCGUCAAGGAACACCAACACUCAAACUGGUUCAUCUGCAAAUAAGACUUUGUUUAUUGGAAAUGUCGGGUUCAAUGUUACUGAGAAGAUGAUUCAGGAAGUCUUUGCUUCCAAGGGGUUCAUUGUCAAGGUGGAUCUCCCCUUGGACGCUGCAUCAGGCAAGCAUGCAGGCUUUGGUUAUCUUCAUUUCCCUUCGAUUCAUCCAGCUAUGGCAGCAAUGGAAGCACUGCAGGGUGCUCACAUUGAUGGUCAUUCGAUCAACAUCGAAUUCAGUGACCAUUCCCCGAUUGAAAGCAUACAAACCUCGCAAAGCUCACAAAAUAAUGGCAGCUCGAGCGUUGGCGGAACCCAGCAGAGCAUUUCACUCAACGGGUCCGACAAGACCGGUAUUGCCACCACUCGCCAGGGACCUACACCAGGGAACCAAAGCUCCUCCAUCUCGGCUGGGGCGGAACAACCUUCCUCGAAUGGGCACAUCUCUCAACAAGAGCACAGUAGUUCCAAUGGACGUAGAAAGUCCGUUACUUUCCAGGAGCCCAAUUCGACCGCAACUACUACGAAGGUUGAAGGUAGGGAUGCGAGCGUUAAGCCUGGCAAUGCACAGACUGGUUCAACUGCAUUGCUUGACUCGAUCACGGAUGAUCCUGCAUUUGCCGCGCGCUUUCCCUCCCUCCUGCCCAGCGACAGCCCGCAGCGCCAUGCCACUGGUUCCGGACAAGAAAAGCCUGCGGGUCUGAGUCCAGAAUUAGAGAUGGCUCGAUUUCCGCCCGUGUCUCAAUUGGAAGCCCAGCUCCUUGCCCAACGACAGGGCCGUGCAACUGGACCUGAGGCAGCAAAUGAGCAAGAGCAAUAUCACGAAAGAUCUUCCAUCCACAGUAUUCCUUCGCAUCCAGCCCCGCAAGCUUUCCCUCAAAGAUCUCGAACUGUCUCCGGUGCGCAUGGAGUGCAUGAUCUAGAGCAUCGCCCGGGUGUUUCGCGAUCGAUCAACUACGGCAGGCAACAUUCUAAAGGCGACGCCGGACAUGGUCUUCGUCGUGCAAAUACCAUGGUGUUUGCGCGCCCAGGAGUCAAUCAGCCCGGCUCCUUUGACCGUCUGCCUUCGGAGGAUUCUCACGGGACGAGGUUGAGGCGCCGAGCAAGUGAACGUCACUGCCUUCGGCCACAUCACGCUUCGGAAACGGAUACUUGGGCGCGACUAGACCGAAGAGAGCGCACUCGCAAUUUACAUCCUGAGAGAAUUCCCGGGAGUUUCCCGGGUGGGGAAACCUCCCAAAAUCAGGCUCCUAUCUCGCAUGGUGUCUGCAACAGUAAGAAGCAAGAGGAUAAGAUGGAUAGUUGUGUCUCUGCCCUGGUUGGCAUGGGAUACGGAACCGAACGGGACGGUGGGCACUCCAGGAUGGCAGUGUAUGCGGCCGCAGCGGAUGGAAGUCUCCCGGAUGCUAUUGAGAUGAUUGAAGAUGAAAGAAAGGUGUAUGCGAGACAUGGUCGGCAGUGA